UAAAAGUAGUGUCUGUUACCCCCUCUACAAAAAGCGCCUAGGAGAACUUCGCCUUCGAGAAGUCCAUCUCGGGGUGCGACUUCAUAAACUUCUCGAGGACGUCCUGCUUGCCCUGCUCGUCGGCCGUCGGCUUGCCCAUGGCCUUCUGGCGCUGGUCGUACAUCAUCUUCUCGACGGUCAUGCGCGUUUCCCCAUCUAAUUCACUGAGUUUGGAAUUUUCGGGCUGGACCUUCUGCGUGUUGAUCUCGGGGUCGCCGACAAUCACGUUCUUCCACCACAUCUGCUUGUCCUCUUUUUGCAGGGCUAUGACGAUCUCCUUCUCGCCUAACUCACCGGGCGCGUCCUCCAGCGUCCAGAAGCAGUCGUCGACGAUGACCUUCUUGUGGAGUUCGCCUUCGAGCGCCGGGGGCUGGCCUUUCAAGCCUACCUUGAUCGACUGCUUGCGGAUGUCUACCACCAACUGCUUGGCCUUCGUGCCACUUGCCAUGGGAAUCUUCAACUCGAGAUCGGCCAGUUGUUGCGUCCAGACGCCCCAGGGCAUGAUGCCACCGUUGCCCGGCGGCGGCGGCUCCUUGUCAUCAUCAUCAUCAUUCGCGUCUUUAUUUUCUUUGUCAUCUUCCGGUUUCUUGACGGGAACGACGGGUUGCACGGGCGCUGGCGGCGGCGUCGACGCGGCCUUGGCGCGCGCGGCUUCCCUUUUGGCUUUGGCGGCAGCUUUCCGUUUCUGCGCCGCGGCCUCGGCGUCCGCAGACAACUUCUUCUUCUGGGCGUUCGUCUUGUCCGCUAAACUCUGGUGCUUCUCGAGCAUCUUGAGAACCAUGUUCUUCGCCUUCUCGUCGUCGCCGGACUGGAAGAAGUCCGUCUUUCGGCGCAUGAACGAGAACAGCGUGUCGAGUAAUGGUUCAAUACCUUGGCACUGCUGCGCAAAAUUCAAGAGCAUGCCGUCGAAGCGCUCGUCCUCGAGCAUGUUCGACAUGGUUUUUGCGAGUUCUGCGGCCGCGGGCGGCUGGUUUUUGUUAAUAGGCUGUGCAGCAAAGCUUGCAAGGCGUGUUGCGCAGCGAUGCAAGCGACGAUUUCAAAGCUGCAGCGCAAGCACGCGACGACGUAGCACUCAGCUAGCUGUCAACUGCAAUCGCUGCGACAGCGAGUGAGCACGGAGCUGAGAUGGGGUUUGCGAAGACGGAG